AUGGAGACUGAUCAACAGGAGAUAUCCAUCUUGUCCAUGGACAGCGUACCCAUCGUCGACGCAAUCAAACAAGGGCAGCUUACAAGCGUCCAGGUGACGACGGCGUUUUGCAAGGCUGCUGCCGUUGCACAUCAGAUCAACAAUUGCCUUCAUGAGAUCUUUUUCGAUCAAGCGCUGGAACGCGCCAAGGAGCUCGACGAGCAUUACAGGAAGCAUGGUACCACAAUGGGGCCGCUUCAUGGGCUACCAGUCAGCUUGAAGGAUCAGUUCCACGUCAAAGGCAUCGAUACCACCACCGGCUAUGUAGGCUGGAUAGGAAGCAACAUGGGCAUCAAAGACCUAAGUCAGCCUCACAAAAUCGAGAGCCAAAUCACCAGAGAGCUGCUGUCCCUGGGGGCUGUCCUCUACUGCAAGACCAGUUCUCCCCAGACGCUGUUCUACGUUGAGACCAUCAAUCACAUCAUCGGCCAGACUCUCAACCCAAACAAUCAAAACCUCUCAUGUGGAGGCUCCUCCGGGGGCGAGGGGGCGCUGAUAGCACUUCGAGGCAGCACAAUCGGCGUGGGCGCUGACAUUGGCGGAUCAAUUAGGAUACCAGCUGCGUUCAACGGCGUAUUCGGAAUCAAACCGACGCCUGGGAGGCUCUCCUCGCGAGACAUGGCCGAUACAAACCCCGGCCAGACCACGUACAGGGCGACCACAGGCUUCUUGAGCACGUCGCUCGACGGCAUUGAGCUUGUGCUCAAGUCCGUUCUAUCAACGCAGCCUUGGAUCCGAGAUCCGGUUGUAGUUCCGAUGCCCUUCCGCCAGGAAGUCUUCGAUGAAUAUCUCUCACGCGCUCAAUCUGAUGGGACCGCGAGCAGUGGGCGCCCUCCGCUGAAGCUUGGUAUUAUGUGGACAGAUGGUCUCGUUCAACCUCACCCUCCCAUAUCUCGAGGCCUACGCAUGGUCUCCGAUGCUCUAGAGAAAGCCGGCCAUAAGGUUGUGAACUGGGACCCACCGUCACAUGUGACCGCCAAAAACAUCCAUCUCUCGAUUAUCAUGGCCGAUGGAACGGCAGACGUCUACAAACAUCUCGAGCGGUCCGGGGAGCCAAUGAUUCCCGAGCUUGCCAGUCGUGGCAUGCGCCUCCGACCACCCAUGGGCCUGCUAGAUUUUCAGGACUUCACAUUGAAAGGACUGGAGUUUGAAGCAAAAUACUCGGAUUACUGGAACUCGACGGGUGACAAAGAUGACUAUAAGCCCCGUGGCAAGCUCGAUAAGAGCAACUGGGAGACCUAUGACCCAGAAAUAUACGAUGGCGCACCAGUGGGUCUUCAGGUGGUGGCUAGAAAGUUCGAGGAAGAAAAGGUUUUGGCCAUCGCGAAGAUCGUCCAUCGGGCUCUGAAAAAUGCAGAGAGCGGCCAAGAAUUUGGAGGAGCUCAUUCGGACGGAGAUAUUCCCAGUCGGCUGUGA